GUCACGUGUGCGUGCGGGAACCGCCCCUUGUUUCAUUGUCACUUGGAAAGUGAGUCUAGCUGAGUCGGUCGGGGUUUUGUGAGUUUCCUCCAUUUCGGUGAAAAAGGUUGUGCGAAGAUGUCACGUAAGCUUGAUGAGGUGUCCAUUCAAAAUGUCUACGAUGAAGUCAGGGACGAUGACAUCUCGACGACAUGGUUUAUCUUGAGGUAUGCUGACAACGGAAUGAUCAAGGUUGAUUCGACCGGCACCGACUUGGAGGACGCGUUCGCCCGGAUCACAUGCAAUGAUGAGGACCGGGCGUACGCAUACGUACGGUUCGAGACGGGCGAUGAGAUGAGCAAGAGGGCAAAGUUCGCCUUCAUCACGUGGAUAGGGGAGCGGGUGAAACCACUAGCAAGGGCAAAAGUUAGCACGGAUAAAGCUUUUGUUAAAGAUAUAGUUUCGGAAUUUGCUGUUGAAAUUUUGACCAGUGACCACGAAGAGGUUACAUUUGACGCGAUCAAAUCUCAAAUAGACAAGGCAGGCGGUGCUAAUUACGGGAUUGGAAAACAAGUAAAUUCUGUGUAAAAAAGCUCAGACUUUCUUCUGACUGGUUCCAAUUUCCACCUCCAGACGGCAGACGAAGACCCGAAAUCUGCUGGACCCCGCCCUAGCAGAUCAAACAGCAUGGAUGAUCAAGACAGGAGUUCAUCACGAAACACGUGUUAUUGUUCAUUGACUGUGCCAUAAUGUUAAGGAACCAGAACAGGUGAUAUUACCUUGAGGAAAUAAACAUGCAACCAGGCGGACAUUUUGAACGGGGAGACCUCGCAAGCCCAUUGGCUAGGAUCAGUUAUCACGUGAUCUAGUCCACGUUAGCAUUCACUUCCGGUAUCACGAGGUCAGCAACUGACACCGGAAGUGACCAUCUCUCGUUACUGGAGGAUAAUAGAGUCAUGAAAGAGAAUUCUCCUUUAAAAUGGUGACGUAAUUCCAACGAGUCUUCAUAAAAUUCGGAACUCUGGCAAUGGAAGGGUCGCAAUAGCUGUGAUCCACUCCGGUAACGUCAUCUUGAUAAAAUCAUGGCCAGGUUCUCAGGUUUACCAUGGUAACAUGAAGUAUUACUUAAUGCUAGACUCCAUAUGACCCCAAGGCUUCUCAAAACCUACUUAUACGAAACCGUGACCCUAUUCAACAGAAACAGUGGACUUGUAUGUGCACUAAUAAUUCCAAUUUUCUUUUUUUUCAUUAACUGCACUGCUGGGAGUAAGGUACACUCUUAGAAAUAUAGAAGUGUUUGAGCUUUAGAAACAUGUUUUCGGUUUUUUCGUAUCGAAAAACCUCUGCGUGGUGCAUAGUUCAUCCUCAAAAACAUCUAGAGUCAGUCGUAUCCUCCUCCCCUAGCACACGUUACUGGCUCGGUCGAGAGUGCCGAGUUUUGACCUGAGCUUCAGGAAAUGCAUAGUUGUGUCGGCCAAUAAAAACUUUUAAAGGUUUUUCAAAAGCUCAAAAGCUUUAUUUCCAAGAGUGUUCCCUUUUUUAGAAUGCGCAAAUUUCACUACCAAGUAUGUAAAUGGAAAUAUAGUUGCUCUUUUUUAGCUACAUUCACGGAGUCAGUGUAUGUUAAUAAAACAUUUGUUUGACAGAAGCUCA